AAUAACACAAGUGACAAAAAAAAAAUAAAAUAAAAGAAACAACAACAAAAAAUUCUACACACACAAAUACGGGACGCCUACGUCAAUAAGCAAAACGGCGGCAAUGCCAAUAAUGUUGUCGAUGCUGCGGGCAUUAGCGUUGCACAAUAUCAACAACAACAACAGCAGCAACUACUGUAAUAUUAGCAGUAAAGAGACCAAUAUUAGCCAUUAGCACUAGCAACAAGCAAUUUAAUAUAAGCUACACACAUGUUGCUGCUACACAAACAACGACCACAACGAGGAGAGCAACAGCAACUAAAAUGCUCAGCGCUGCAAACGCAACUCAAGCCGCAGCAACAGCAACACACACUGCAGCAGUUGCCGCUGGCGAAACUUAUGUCAUAACAAACAAACAUCAUCAGCAACAUCAACAACAACAACAGCAGCAACAGCAACAUUUUGUUGUUGCCGCAAACAAUAUGGUUAUACCAGCAACAGCAGCAGCAGUCGCCGGUAUAACAACAGCAACAACCACCACAACAACAGCAACAAGUACAGCAAAUUCAAUCGAGACGACACAGUCUCCCCAGCAGCAGCAGCAACAACAGCAACAUGUGUUGUUUCAGCCACAAUUACAAUUACAAACAGCAGCAACACAACAACAACAACAAUCUGCUCAACCUCGGCAGCAUCCCAAGAAGCGUAAAUUUGAUCCAGCUGAGCUGGAUAAAGCUGAGCAGCAGCAGCAGCAGCAACAACAUCAAGCAACACAACAUCAGCAACACUCGCUGCACAAACAACAGAAACCCGCCGAUACAAAUGGCAACAGCGAUACACUGUCGAAUGGCAAUUCUGCUAAUGCUGCUGCUGCUGGUGCUGCUGCUGCAGUUGCAAGUAUACAGUCAUGCAGCAUGAUUGUGAAUACGCCCGCAACAAUUAAUUGUGCCGGUGCAGGCGCCAGCAACAACAACGAUAUCAGGCCACAACAGCAGCAGCAACAACAACGUAUUAUAAUCGCAUCGCCGCUGCAACAAGCGGCCAGUACUUAUAAGCAACAACAACAUGUUGCAAUUAACAGCAAUCAUUAUACGCGCACACCAACACAAACGUCUGUAGCGUCUGUCUACCAACAGCAACAGCAACAAUCACAACGUUUUAGCUUUAACUCACACAACAGCAACAAUCAGCAGCAGCAGCAGCAUGUGCUGGAGCAGCAACAGCAACAGUCUGUUGCGCAACUAGAUCUCAGCGAAUGGACUGAUACGCGCGUCCUGGCGAAAGUUGACAAGUUCUAUGCACCAGGCAUAAUACGACAAGUGAAUCAGGCCACGACCACGCCCACGGCGACGACACACUCAAUAGUCGUUGAAUUCGAUGCACCCGAAUUUGGUCCAAAAUCCUAUUCGGAUCUGUUUCAGCCUGGACGCUGCAAUGUGAUACUGGACGUAAGGCCACCCAUAACCGAAAUAACGCUGGAGACGCGUGUGUGUGUGCGCCAACAUCUGGAGGGUUGCAAUCUCGACUGUGUUUACGCCGAAGGAAUAAUUGUGGACAUUAACCAGGUCACCAAGCAAUAUACUGUGCAACUGGUUAAUGAUGAAGCUUCCAACAAACAAAGAGUUGUGCGUCGUGCAGACUUGCGUCUGCUAUUGCCACCCUGGUGGGAUGAGCUCAACGAGCUAUCGCCAACGCCCACGCCCACGAGCGUUAAGCGUCAGCCGCCAGAUGCAGUCGUUAGUGUGUACCCCAAGGCGUUUGUCGCCACACGCUAUGAUGGCAAACUGCCUACGGCCACGCCUCCCCAAAAACAUGAGUAUUAUCGCGCGACUGCAACAUCGCCGUUCCAGGGCGUUGUGGUGCCACCGCCGCCACCAUUGGGCCAUGUGGAGCAUCAGCAACAGCAGCAGCAGCAGUCGCAGCAUCAGCAGGCCAAUGGUCUGCCGGAUAUUGUGAUCUCUCCGGGCACUAAUGGCCUGCAGCAGCAGCAACAUCAUCAUCAUCAGCAGCAUAUGAAAAUUCAUGCACAUCAACAGCAGCAGCAGCAGCAGCAGCAACAACAACGUGGCUACGACGAUUAUGACUCCGAUGAUGAGCUGAAGCACGUUGGCAUUGGCUACUCCCCAGCUGCUGGCGAUGUCGAUGCCGAGAAGAUGAGCGCCUGUAGUAAGCGCAGCAGCAUGCAAAGCCGCGGCAGUACCUCCAGCUUAAUCGAUCAGAGGCUCACACCACGAUCUCAUCCAGCAACUCCCAGAUCUCAGGCAACGACGCCGCAUCGUUUUAAGAAGGGCGAUAUUGUAGAAUCGGAAUCCGGCGUGCGUAAGAAGUACAAUGGAAAGCAAUGGCGACGUCUCUGCAUGCUGUGCUCGAAAGAAUCUCAGCGGCGCGGCUAUUGUUCCAGGCAUUUGAAUCAGAAGAGCAACAAUAAUGCUCUGCCCUCAUCAACGGGGCCGAGUCGUUUUCUCAGUGAUAGCCGCUCGAGCAGCAAGACGCAGAAUGAUGAGGAUACCUCACGCGAUUCAGAAACAUCGCCCAACUAUCGUGUCACGGGCCGCUACGAUCAGGAAGAGACCGAUGUGGCCGCCAUGUUAGUGUCACUGAGCAGCUCGCGCUCUGCUACGCCAUCGUAUACAUCACCCGUGAAUCAUGCCGGCGCCUCGCCGCUUAACGCCAUUGCCCACUCGCCGGUCACUGUGUCGAAUCAUAGGCAGAAUUUCUUUACGCCCAUUGCAAACCAAACACAGCAACAACAACAACAACAACAGCAACAACAUCAUCAUCAUCAGCAGCAGCUACAUCAGCUGCACCACCAUGUGACCGCUUCAGUGCCGCUGGACAGCAAAUGGAAGACAACACCCAGUCCGGUCUUGUACAACACCAACAACAAUAACACUACCAACAACAACAAUAACAAUAACAACAAUGGCUGGGACAGCAGUCAACCUCAACCACCGCCACCAUUGCCGCCCCAAACGGCAGCAGUUUCGUUGGUAAUGCAUGCACCGCCGCCACAGCAGCAGCAGCAGCAGCAACAACAACAUCAUCAUCAUCAUCAGCAACAACACCAGCAACAUCCACCUGCCGCUCAUCUAAAUACGCUGCCCGCGCCACCAGCGCCGCCCAGCAGCAAUGUUGGCCAUGCGACCAGCGUUAUACGCAUCUCAAGCAGCCAACAACAGUUGCAGCAGCAGCAGCAGCCAACGCCAAAUCAGCAGCAGCAGCAGCAGCACCAACAUGUUGUGGUGUCGACUCCUGGCCAUCAGACAUUUCAUCCCGUUAUUGUGAAUGCGACUCAAAUUCAAAACUCAUUGCCUGUUUCCGUUGCCCAACAGCAGCAACAGCAGCCAAUAGCGCCGCCCACUUCGGUUUCAUUUCAUGCGCAUCCGUCAGCUACGACGCCCACAUCCGCCGCAAUGACAGUGGCAACAGCACAGGACAAGGCGCUGCCAAAAAACGGUUAUAUUGCGGCUAGCUCACUAUGGCAUAAGCUAUUGCCGCAAUUGCCGCCCAUGACUGAUGCAUCGACAGCAGUUGCAGCAGUCACAACGACAACCACUAACAGCAAUUAUAGUGUGACCAUAAUGCAGCAGCAGCAGCAACACUUGUCGCCACAGCAGACACCAACAAUGACAGCAGCAGCAGCACAACAGCAGCAGCAACAGCAACAGUUGCCGCGCACGCACAACAACAAUCAUUUGCAUGUGCCCAUGCCGCUGGCGUCGCCGGGCAAGCCGCUCAACUGUUCAAUGAACGAUGCAAAGGCAGCUGCUGCUGCUGCAGCUGCGGCGGCUGCAGCCAGCGCCAGCAUAGAGGAGUCGGAUGAGCCUGACGAGCAGCUGGACGACGAUGUGUUUGAGCCAACUGUAGUGACUGCCACAACAUCGAAUGGUGGUGGUGGUGGUGGUGGCAAGAAAGCUCACGGCGGCACGGCAGCAAUGCGUUUGCCCACCUACAGCAGCAACAUACGCAAACUGGACGACUGUGUGGAUGGCAGCGAUGGAGCUGGCGCUGCGCCUACAACUUCGGCGGCCAAGCGGCGCAGUCAGUCGCUGAGCGCGCUGCAGCAGCAACAGCAGAAGCAGCAGCUGCAACAGCAACAGCAGCAGCAGCAGCAGCAGCAACAACAGGAGCAAUCCCAGCUGCCGGCGGGCAAAAAGAUACGUCGACCAAUGAAUGCGUUUAUGAUAUUCUCCAAAAAGCAUCGCAAGAUGGUGCACAAGAAGCAUCCGAAUCAGGACAAUCGUACGGUCAGCAAGAUCCUGGGUGAGCUCUGGUAUGCGCUGGAUAUUGAGCAGAAGGCGCAAUACCAUGAGCUGGCCAAGUCGGUAAAGGAUGCACACUUCCAGCUGAAUCCUGGCUGGAAAUGGUGCUCCAAAGACCGACGCAAGUCCUCCACCUCAGGCAAGGGCGCACCAGGCAGUGCAGCAAAUGCUGCCAAUGCCGCCGGUGACGGCAAACAGCGUCUGGUUUCAGUUGAUGGCUCCGAUUCGCUGGAGGAUGACAUGUGUCCCUCGACGCCUGGUGGCAGCGGCAGCAGCGGCGCUCAAGCUGCCGAGCUGCAAGGUGAUAUAAUUCCGUUGACAAUCGAUAAGUACAACAUUGCCUGCGAUGAUACGCCCACGAUUAUUGCUGGCCAGGCACACAAAGGCGGCAAAUUGCUCAAGAACGAGCUGCAGUCGGACGAGGAUGAGCAAAUGCUGGUGGUCGAGGAUGAGCAGCCAGCUAAGAAGAUGGACUUGCAAUGCCGCGAACGCGUCAAUGAUUCGGAUAUAGAUGAGUCACCCUAUGAUUAUCGCAAGCAGCAGCAGCAGCAGCAACAUGCUCAGGCAGAAGCCGAACAGCGUUCCCAGGAGGAGCAUGCAACUGCCUGCAAUGGUCAGGCCAUGGCGGCGCCAAGCGCCAGCUCCAGCGUGGGUGAGCGCGAGAUAACGCUGAAGCCCAAGGCCAUUAAGGCUCAUCCCGGUCCGGAGAGCACCAUGUUGCCCUAUACAACGAAUUCCAUGUACCAGCUCUUCACUAGUCCCAAAAAUCCAACCGGUGUAACACCAUUCCAACCAACAGGCGGCGCCUUUAAGUCUAUGCCCAUUAGUCCCAAGGCAAACAGCAGCGGCAGCAGCAGCUCCACUGGUUGCAAACCGGAUGAGCAACAGCUGCAGCAGCAGAUAAAGCAGGAGGAGAUUAAACAGGAGCCACCAUCGCCAUAUAAGCUCAACGGUGGCGGCGGCGGUGGCGGCGUCAUUAGCGCACCGCCAUCCAACAGCGCUGUGGGUGCCAUUUUCAACUUCAAUGUGCCAACUGCGACGGCUCUGAGCCAAAAGCAAUAUACCUAUGCCAUGCCCAAUCCGCUCUGCAGUCCGACGGAUCUGCGAGCUCAUCAGGCUUGUGUGCCCAGCUCCCCGGCCACCGUAAGCUUGAGCCAUGCGGCCAGCAUUGCCACACCGCCAGCCUCGGCGCCGGCACAGAUACUGGGUCCCGGCGGUCCAGCCUCCGCACAAAAUGUCUUCUUCAUGGGACCCCAUCCAAAUUUCCUGCAGUAUCCGUUGAUGCCGCGGCCACAUCCGCAGAACAACUCCAGCCUGGAGCAUUUACAGCGCGAGGCCUUCGGCCAGGGCUACUUCUUCAAGAAGCACAAUGGCGUCGGCAUCGGUGUACAGGGUGCACCACCGACGCCACAGCAGCAGCAGCAGCCGCAGCUGCCUCAAGUGAGCGCACAGACCGCCAUGCUGCUGCAUGGCUAUGCGCCCAGCUGCUUGGCCACGCAGGAGCAGCAAGCCGUCAGCUCGCCCUCAUACAAAUCGAUGCCAUCCACACCCAAGUCGGUCUCAUAUCAACUGAGCGUGGCAAACGAAGCGGCGGCGGCAGCGGCAGCAGCCAAGCGCAACAGCGAGGUGGCAGCUGCAUAUGCUGAGCAGGCCGAUUCGGAUGUGGAUGUCAGUGGCGAUGCCAACGAUAGUCAGCAAUUUGUGCUGGCGCCCACACCCGCACAAUUGGGACGCGCACCGCUGCAGCGGCGCAAGAAUUUAUCUCAGAGCAAAUCGGACAGCGGCAUGAGUGUGACGAGUGCUGGCUACGGCGCUAGUAAUGGUCAGCAAAUGGGACAUAAAUUGCAUUCACCCACGCUGAUGGGCGAUGGAGCCAACGCUUCGCCCAUUAUUGGACAUGUGAAUAGCAGCAGUCUUAGCUCGGCAUUGCCAACGCCGACUUCAUCGACAACCACGCCCAACAGCGAUGAGCAGCAGCCGUUAACGCCCACUGCCGACAACAGCAAUCAGAUCCUAGCCAAAUCUCCCAGAUGCGUGCCAGCCUCAGCGCCCGCUGUGGUGGCGCACAACAAGAAGAAGAGCGAUGAUAUUGACAAUGUGCUCAAGAAAGUGGAUUUCGAGAAAAAGUACAAGGCACUGCCUCAGUAUAAACCAGAGGAUUGGCAAUCGCCCAGCGCCAUAACUGUGAACUCCUCGCCGCGCUUCUAUGGCACCAACUAUCGCAAGAAGAACACUGUGCCACCGCCAGUGCAAAAGCAAACUGGCGAUGAUGAUUUCAUUGAUGAAGCAUCUUCGGCGCCACCAAGCACCACACAGCGUUUUUUUGGCGCCGAUUUCAACAAGGACUUGCGUGGUAUGCACUUGAGAAUUCAAUUUGUUUACAACUUUCAAUUUAUGUGCAUAGUUUGUAUUGCAGAAUUGGAGAGCGCAGAUCAAACGGGUCGCUCGCCACCGACACCGAAGACGCCGCUACAAAGCGCCAGGUCGGAUGCCAGCGAGAAGGGACAUCGCAAGGUGCUGGAAACGCGUCGCAACUUGGUGAUGCAGCUGCUCACCGAAUAUGGCAAUUUCCCAACAACAGAGGCUACUAUUGCCUUUCAGACAAAGCACAUUGAUGUGUUUCCACGCAAACAAGAUCUGCAGCUGAAGAUACGCGAAGUGCGACAAAAGAAGUUGGGCUCGAAUUCGAAGCCCGCGCUUACUCCACGAUCGGCAGAGCCCAAUACACCUUCUGAUGUAAACACUCAAAACGCCACUGCAGCUGCCUCAGAUGUUUUUUCAUAUUACUAUACGACAGGUAUGCAUCAUCAGCAACAACAACAGCAGCAGCAGCAACACUCAGAGCAACAACAACAAUUAAAUAAACCAAAUGAUAAUGAUAACAAGUACAAGUAAUGGAAUGGAUAGCAACGGCGCUUCAGCAACAGGACGUGACAAAUUACUUAAAGCAUAGAAAAUGCAGCAAAACGCACAUUUACAAUUAAAAUUAAUGCAGUUACCAAUCACACACACACACACACACAUACAAAUUUAGCACAUGCAUGAGAUGCAUGUUGAUAUAACAAAACAAAUAGUUUUUAUUGAUGAAAAAGAAAAACGAGAAACAGUAAUAAUAAUUUAAAUUUUUAAUUACAAUAGAAAGCGUGAGAAGCGUGAAGAAAGCGCAACAGAGUAGGCCAUUGAAUUUAUUAAGCUGCUUAAUAAGUCUAAUAGUUGAUAAAGUUAGCAAUUGGAAGUUAGAAGAUUUUUGAAGUACAUACAUAAUGGAAACAUUGUAAUAACGGCUUAGUUAUUAAUUUACAGGCAAAACAAAAACAAACAAUCUACAAUAUGAAAGAAAACGAAACAAAAAACAAAAAUUUAUUGAAAUUAGCGUUUAAGCUUUAAACUUAUCCUAAAUUGCACAUUAAUUUUUGAAGUGUAUUUAGCACAGGUGAAGAAACAAAAAACAACAAUGUAAAAUACAAAUCAAGAAAAAAUUACAAACAUAACGAAGCUUGUCAGUUGUAUGAAAAAACAAAAAACAAAAACGAAAAGAAGAAAAAUAACAAAAAUGGUAGUUGUACUUGUACAUUUAAUUAUAGAGAAGUUUUUGAGAGAAAAUUAGAAUAACCGCACAUGAAAUUGAUUUUAAAUUGUCUGCUUUAUUUAUAAAUUUUCCUU